UCCUCCCGAGCCCUCCCAGCCCUGCCCUGCGCCUCCCAGGCUCCGCUCCGGGCCGCGGGGUCCGCGCUCCUGCGCCCCGGGCGCGCCUCCCGGACUCUCCGGUCCCCGUCGGCAGGACAAAGCCAUGAAGCCGGCGCUCCUGGAAGUGAUGAGGAUGAACAGAAUUUGCCGGAUGGUGCUGGCCACUUGCUUGGGAUCCUUUAUCCUGGUCAUCUUCUAUUUCCAAAGUAUGUUGCACCCAGUCAUGCGGAGGAACCCCUUCGGAGUGGACAUCUGUUGCCGGAAGGGGUCUCGAAGCCCCCUGCAGGAGCUCUACAACCCCACCCAGCUCGAGCUCUCCAACAGCGCGGUGCUGCACCAGAUGCGGCGCGACCAGGUCACGGACACGUGCCGCGCCAACAGCGCCGCGAGCCGCAAGCGGCGGGNCCGCAAGCGGCGGGUGCUGACGCCCAGCGACCUGAAGCACCUGGUGGUGGACGAGGACCACGAGCUCAUCUACUGCUACGUGCCCAAGGUGGCCUGCACCAACUGGAAGCGGCUCAUGAUGGUGCUGAGCGGGCGCGGCAAGUACAGCGACCCCAUGGAGAUCCCGGCCAGCGAGGCGCACGUGGCCGCCAACCUGAAGACGCUCAACCAGUACAGCAUCCCCGAGAUCAACCACCGCCUGAAGAGCUACCUGAAGUUCCUGUUCGUGCGCGAGCCCUUCGAGAGGCUGGUGUCCGCCUACCGCAACAAGUUCACGCAGAAGUACAACACGUCCUUCCACAAGCGCUACGGCACCAAGAUCAUCAAGCGGCAGCGCAAGAACGCCACGCAGGAGGCCCUGCGCAAGGGCGACGAUGUCAAGUUCGAGGAGUUCGUGGCCUAUCUCAUCGACCCGCACACCCAGCGCGAGGAGCCCUUCAACGAGCACUGGCAGACCGUGCACUCCCUCUGCCACCCGUGCCACAUCCACUACGACCUCGUGGGCAAGUACGAGACGCUCGAGGAGGAUUCCAAUUACGUCCUGCAGCUGGCCGGAGUGGGCAGCUACCUGAAGUUCCCCACCUACGCCAAGUCCACAAGAACUACUGACGAAAUGACCACGGAGUUCUUCCAGAACAUCAGCUCAGAGCACCAGACGCAGCUGUACGAAGUCUACAAACUCGAUUUUUUAAUGUUCAAUUACUCAGUGCCAAGCUACCUGAAAUUGGAAUAAAGGGAGAGG